AUGAAUCAACCAAAAAUUGAUACGUAUCAUCCCGGUACAAUCCUACCAGUAGGUUCCCAUCAAGUUAGAAUCAUUAAAUAUAUAACAAGCGGAGGCUUUGCACAGAUUUAUACAGUGGAAAUAUCGCCUCCAGAUUCCUUUUGUGAUUCAAAUAUUGCAUGUUUAAAGAGAGUAAUCGUGCCGGAUAAACCAAGUCUUAAUACAUUAAGGGCAGAAGUUGAUGCCAUGAAAUUAUUAAGAAAUAAUAAGCAUGUCGUAUCUUAUAUCGAUUCUCAUGCAUCCAAAUCAAAUUUCAAUAAUGGUUCCUAUGAAGUCUUCCUAUUAAUGGAAUAUUGUGAAAGAGGUGGUCUUAUCGAUUUCAUGAACACAAGACUACAAAAUAGAUUGACUGAAUCUGAGGUCUUAAGCAUUACUAGCCAAGUUGCUCAGGGUAUAGCAGCAAUGCAUGCAUUACAGCCCCCUCUUUUGCAUCGUGAUAUCAAAAUUGAGAACGUAUUAAUCUCAAAAUCGAAUCAAUAUAAGAUUUGUGAUUUCGGGUCUGUAUCAGGAAUAAUUAGACCCCCUCAUAAUCCACAGGAGUUGCAAUACGUUCAGCACGAUGUCUUGAAGAAUACCACGGCUCAAUACAGGUCUCCAGAGAUGAUUGAUUUUUAUCGUGGUUUACCCAUUGAUGAAAAAUCAGAUAUUUGGGCCAUUGGUGUCUUCUUGUACAAAUUAUGUUACUAUACGACUCCAUUUGAGAAAAAUGGCGGUGAAGCUGCAAUCUUAAGUGCAAGAUAUGAAUAUCCAAACUUCCCUAUCUAUUCAGAACGUUUAAAACAUUUGAUUCAUGCGAUGCUUAUGGAAAAUCCUCAUCAAAGACCAAAUAUUUAUCAAGUCAUUGAAGAAAUUUCAAAGAUGCAAAACGUCCCCUGUCCAAUAGUCAAUUUCUAUCUCGUUACGCAACAACAGAAACAUAAAAUGGUCCAACUACAACCAAUUCCUGUAAAUACCUUAAAUGUGAGCCAGACUCAUCCAAUAUUACAAGAUGGUAAGCAAAGAAUUCUAGAACAACAUAGUUCCUCUCCAAUGAUAGAUCAUCAACUUAAAAAAAUCAAACGUUUCCAUUAA